UAUAUAAUAUAAUUUUAUUUAUUUUACUAUAUAAUAUUUGAUUUUUGAAAUAAAAUUUCUUUUUAAAUAAAUCAUGUCUGCGAAUGUGUCACAUACAGAAAAAGAAUUAGAUUUAAGUAAUGCAGGCAGAGGUGUAUGGCUUGUGAAGGUACCUAAAUAUAUAGCAAAUAAAUGGGAAAAAGCACCUGGCAAUAUAGAAGUUGGUAAAUUAAAGAUAACUAAAAAUCCUGGUCAAAAAGCAGAAGUAUCUCUUAGAUUAUCUGAAGCUGUUUUAGCUUUAAAAGAACCUGGAGAGGAAGAAAUUCCAAAACAACAUAGAUUAGAUGUUACAACAGUAACAAAACAAAUGUUAGGUGUAUUUUCUCAUGUUACUCCUUCAAGUAGUUCAGAUUCUAUAGUUCCUGAAACUGAAAAACUUUAUAUGGAAGGAAGAAUUGUACAAAAAUUAGAAUGUCGUCCAUAUGCUGAUAAUUGUUACAUGAAAUUAAAAUUACAAAGUAUUAAAAGGGCUUCUGUACCACAAAGACAAGUUCAACAAUUAGAUAGAGUAGUCCAAAAUUUCAAACCAGUUUCUGAUCAUAAGCAUAAUAUUGAAUAUGCAGAAAAGAAAAAAGCAGAAGGUAAAAAGAUGAGAGAUGAUAAAGAUGCAGUAUUGGAUAUGUUAUUUGCUGCAUUUGAAAAACAUCAAUAUUAUAACAUAAGAGAUCUUGUGAAGAUUACAAGACAACCUAUUGUAUAUCUAAAGGAAAUAUUAAAUGAAGUUUGUAAUUAUAAUUUGAAAAAUCCUCACAGAAAUAUGUGGGAGUUAAAACCAGAAUAUCGACAUUAUAAAGAAGAAGAAAAACUUGAAGAUAUACAAAAAAAAGUUGAUGAAUCAGAUGAUGAUUAAAA